GAACCACUUCCCCGUACGGAGCGCGCGGGCUCGGCUCUUUCCUGACGUGGCGGGCCGCUAAAGGUCCCCCCGGUUCAUCCGUGGGCUGCGGCGAUUGGGCAGACUACCAGUUUGACAAUUUUGACAAAAAUGUAAAUACACAGGUGUUGGCGGCAUGGGGCGAGCGUGUGGUUUAUGUAAAUACAACAGAAGUGAAACCGCCUCAGUUUGCUCUGGUCUCUAAGACGCAAACAGUGUCCCCGAGGCGCAAUGUUUGGCAGAUAGUUGGAGAAAAAGACUUUGGAUUUUAAUACGAGGUGACAGCUGCGCAGUCAUGCCUCAGCUCACUGCCACCGCCGCGCUGCAGCUCGUGCUGCUGCUCUCCGCUGUGCCCGCGCAGUACUUCAUCUCCCGGUGGAGCGGCUCCACGGCGGUGCAGCGGUACCACGCGACUACACGGUUGCUUAGAAUUUGGAAAGAGUGGAGAACAUCAUACCUAAAUGGCACUGCAUGGAUGGACUGGGCAAACCAGCAGAUGUCCCAUGUCAAGUCUCUGGUUGGCCUGGGACAGGGAGACCAAGUGGUACACGAGUUGCCUCCCAUAGAGACCAUGCUUUAUGACAACGACCAGGGCUACUUUGGAGCGUCAAAGACAGUGCGCAGCCCUCGUCCUCCGUAUGUGUUCCUACGAGUCGGAGAAGUGGUGUUGGAGAGGAAGGGCCAUAUGGUUGGGGUGGUUGUGAGCUGGGACCCUGAACUGCGAGCCCCUUUAGAGUGGGUUAACAAGAUGUAUUCCAGCCCUGAGGACAUCACAGCAGAGAAGACGCCUCAUUACAAGGUACUGUUCAGCGGGCCUGGACCCUCCUCUCUGUUGGUUGCAUAUUUGCCUCAGACACAACUGGAGCGCAUCACUGGGAUGAGGCCGGACAUUCCCACCUUGGAGAAUUACUUCACACAUUUUGAUGGGGAGCGCUUCGUCAUGCAGCCCUGGCUCAGAGAGCUCUUCCCUGAGGAUGACGUGGAGAAUGCCUGACUGCUCGGUCUGAAAGAUCCACCCAACUGUUGAUUUCAUUUUCCUCCCUCUGCGGUGUCCUGUGGUCAGCUACUGACCUGGUAGUCACCUGGUAGCCUUGCGGAUCAAGGAUAAUCAUCAAACCCCUCCUUGCUGGGUGUCAAUGUGAGGAUGUCUUUUAGAGAUUUGGAGAAUGUUAAUACUGGGACAUAUGAAUGAAAUGUUGUGAUUAAGCCUAAUGAAGACUUUCAGCUAUUAGUUGUCCAACCUUUAUUUCUCUGAGAUGUACAAAUCUAC